CCUGGGACUUAGCAGAUACCUUCCAGUUGAGCAGGAGUCCUGCCAAGAAAGGGACCUCCUCCUCUCCUCCUCUCCUCCUCUCCUCCUCUCCUCCUUCUCUCCUCCAGCGGAGACCGAGCACAGAAUCGACGGAGGAGAAUUGAGCAAAUUACCUCCUACUUUCUCCCCCGCUCCUCCAACCUGGACGGUAACGAUCGGCGGGGUCUCGGCUCUCCGCACGCCGUCAUCGAGCAUCAAUAAGUAGGGGGGCAGCGGGCCUGUGACUCGGAGGGGUGGGGGGUUCCCCGGCAGAUGAUGCCCUUUCUUGCGGGCCGGUGAGGAGCAGCGCGACCCCCGGCUUCCCCCGCAGCAGCUUCUUCUCCUUCUCCUUCUUCUUGUUGUUGUUGAUGCGGAGGUGAUGGACGGUCCCCUCCGCCGCCCAGCGGGGAUCCUCUGCUCCCCCCCGGCUUCUGGGAGCCAUCCCGCGGGCUCCGGCAUGCUCUCCUCCUCCUCCUCCUCCUCCUCCUCCUCCGGCGGCGGAAAGCCGCUCGCUUUCUCCAUCGACCGGAUCAUGGCGAGGACGCCCGAGCCCAGGUCGAUUCCGCUCCCCAGCUGGCUCCAGCGCGCUCCCGCGGGGAGACCCGACGUGUGUCCCUCCUCUCUGCAUUGCAUGAUCCCGCUGGUGCCGCUCGGGUACGAGCCGGGCCACCGGCUCAGCAUCGCCGGGCUGGAUCCGGGCCACUUGGACGCGUCGUCAGUCGCCGCUCCGGCGGACUUUCUGGGCUUCGGGCUGAAGGGGCAGCAGGAGGACCCCGCGCCGAGCCAGACCACCGGCGGCCAGUACAAACUCUUCAGACCGCGGGUCGUGAACCAGUCCUCCUUCCCCACCGUGGGCACCGUGUGCUACCUGAACUGCGGGCCGGACGCCGGGGCGUGCCCCCCUCCCGCCGGACUGGUCAACCUGCACCCGAUGGCCUCGUACCUGUUCACCGCGCGCCACAAAGCCUUCAUGGCGGAGAAGAGCAAGCCGGGCCUGCAGCAGGCCGGGGACCGGUACCCGGGGUCCGGGUGCGUGCAGGCCUUCAAGGAGCUGUCCCAGAGCCAGAUCCAGCACUACAUGAAGGAGCGGGACCAGAUCCUCACCGAGAAGAUCUUCAAGGGCUCCGCGGCGGCCCGGCUCGGCGGCUCCUGUCCCGGCACCAAACCCAAAGUCUUCACCUGCGAGGUCUGCGGGAAGGUGUUCAACGCGCACUACAACCUGACUCGCCACAUGCCCGUGCACACCGGCGCGCGCCCGUUCGUGUGUAAAGUGUGCGGGAAAGGGUUCCGACAGGCGAGCACGCUGUGCCGACACAAGAUCAUCCACACUCAGGAAAAACCGCACAAGUGUAACCAGUGCGGGAAAGCCUUCAACCGCAGCUCCACGCUCAACACGCACACGCGCAUCCACGCGGGAUACAAACCCUUCGUGUGCGAGUUCUGCGGCAAAGGAUUCCAUCAGAAAGGAAACUACAAGAACCACAAGCUGACGCACAGCGGCGAGAAGCAGUUCAAGUGCUCCAUCUGCAACAAGGCCUUCCACCAGGUGUACAACCUCACCUUCCACAUGCACACGCACAACGACAAGAAGCCCUUCACCUGCCCCACCUGCGGCAAGGGCUUCUGCAGGAACUUUGACCUGAAGAAGCACAUCAGGAAGCUGCACGACCUCGUGGGCCAGCAGUCGCCGCCAGAGGCCUGAGAGAGACAGACCCCGCCCCCUUCAGGCCUUUUACCCCAAGCUCCGCCCUGACGUGUCACACGUGCCCUGUUCUCGUCUUACAUUUGCAACUCGUGCCCUCAAGUGAACAUCAGUGUGCUGUUUCCCCAAAAGAGUCCUGCUCCUCGCCGGGAGAGACUUUGAUGUUUAUUUUCACAAAAUAUAUAGAAAAAGGGGUUUUAAAAGCCUACAUCUCCCAUAAUGCACCUGGACGACAUCACAGUGACAUCAUUAGGGUUAUUUAUUACCUCAGACUGGAACUACUUGGACCCGGAGGAGGACUGUCCUCCACGAACUCUCUGUUAGAGAAGGGUUAGAACCCGUGAAGCGUCUCUUUCACUCUUGGCUGGUUUUGGUUGAGUGACGACGGCCGAUUCUGUGGCUUCUGGAAACGGGCCAGAAGUCCAGAGUUCAACUGUCCCCGAUGCCAGAAGGACCUCAGACCCCCCAGUGUUCAUGAAAUCGGCAGUAUUUUCUUACAUCGAGCUUUGGAAAGUGGAGGAUGUUUUCCAUGAGGAGGUUCUGUGGUUCUUUGGUUCUGUGGUUCUUUGAUUCAUUGGUUCUUUGGUUAUUUU